UUAAUAUAUUAUUAAUUCGCAAAAGCGCCGAAACUCCUAGCAGACAUCAAAAUAUUGCAACAUAUUACACUGAAUUUAUUUACAAGUUACUCAUCCAACGGUUGACUUUCUUCUGACCGGCAGUUCCGCUCGUAGAAAACUAUAUCGAUUACUAAAUUAUAGUCUUCUGUCACGCAACAUCUUUCAUACAAAAUAUUCCUCGUUUUCCUUAUAAAUCUCAUUAAAUAUUAACAAAACAAAAUAGAGUGUCUAUUGUCGUAAACUAUCUCCAGCUUAUGUUAUCCGGCAAUAUUCUUUGUCAACCCUUUAAUAUUUCCAAUCGCUUUAUUUAUUAUUCAUACGCUAUCGGCUAUUGACUUGAUAUAUUUCUGUACUUUUACAUCCAUAUUUUACUCAUAAAAUUACAAAUAUUACUUUAUUCUUGAAUUUCCUAUCCAAGAGACGAAGUAAUGAUUGAUCCAAACUUGGCGAUUCCGUCGUGCAAAAAUCUAUUUGCCGUCGAAUUGUUUGUCUUCAAACUAGUCGGCUUAAAUUCAUUCGAAGAAGCUUUUAACACAAACAACUGCAAUACCAAAAAAAAAGAUCUCAAAUAUUGGGAAAUUAUUUUUAUAAUUGCUGCGUUCUGGCCAAUAGCUUUUCUGUUAAUUUCUUUAGUCAAAACAGUACCCAUUUAUUUGGGCGUUAAUUUUUCCAUGACUUGUUACAGUAUUUCUUUGCUUUUUUCUAUGACUAUUAUUCAGAUAAAGUUAAUCCGACUAUGGAGCAACCGGUUAGAGUUUUAUAAACUCUUCGAAACCUUGAAUAAUAUUUGGGAAGAAAGUAUUUACAAUCGGAUUGAUUUAAAGAACCAAAUAAUUGAAAUAAUCGACAAUUCUAAACCAAUUCAACAGUUUUAUAUUAUUAAUGCUCUGGCGUUGUGUAUUUGCUAUACAUUACGUCCUUAUAUCAUUGUUAUAAAAACUUACAUGUCAUUAUCAGAAAAUGAAACAAUGACUUACACUGAAUUAGCUUACGCUGGAGUAAAUUACCCAAUUAAAACGGACACUUUAACCAAUUACUUGUUACUUUUGGCAAUCGAACACCAAAUUUCAUUUUUCGGCGGGAUAUACUUUGUUCUUUGUGACUUAUUGUUCAUAACCUUGACAACAAUCAUCACCGUUAAUUUUAUGGUGUUAGCUGAUGAGUACCUCAACAUAUUCGAGAUCUACUUAACUACAAACAAGAACUUAGAAACAAUUAACAGAAUAAUCAGACGGCAUUGUUUACUACUAUCGUUAUGUCGGACAAUAACUCAUUUAUUUAGUCCGAUUGUUUUGUUUACUGUAAUCUUCAAUGGAAUUGAUAUAUGCUGCACUAUUUUUGCAUUUAAACAGGAUUAUGCGGCGGGUGAAGCAAAAACUUCUCUUGUAAGAAAUUUACCACAUACCAUAACCUUAGUCUCUCAAAUAUUAGCUUACUGCAAUUGCGCUCACAUCGCCACCGAACGGAGCGAAUCUUUGAGAGAAGCGAUUUACAAUUCUUCUUGGAUUAAUGGAGAUAAAAAAAUAGUUAAAGCUGUAAUUAUUAUAAUGAUUAAUUCUCAAAAUGAGUACAAUUUUACAGCGUACGGUAUUUUUAUUCUUAAUCGCCAACAAUUGACUCAGAUAUUUAACACAACUACAAGUUAUUUUAUGCUACUGAGAAAUUUUGCGUGACAAAAAAAUUAUUUCUUAAAGUUAUCAACAAUUAUUAGU